AUGGCCAGCCCGGCUCAGUGGGGCGAGCACUACCCUCACUGCGAUGGCACCAUCCAGUCUCCCAUCGACAUCGUGUCGUCGGAUGGCAAGCAGAGCACCAAGGCGAAGAGUACCCUCCGAUUCCGCGGAGACUGCCCCUCUUUCAACCUCACUCAGACCGAGGAAGGGUUCAAGGCGAGCGUUGUCAAAGGCACGUGCCAGGUGAAGGCAAACGCUGCCAAAUACGACUUGGCCCAGUUCCACGUCCACGCUCCGUCCGAGCACACGCUGAAUGGAGACCCCCUCGACGGAGAAGUUCACUUCGUCCACAGCAACGCCGACGGUUCUGCCCUCCUCGUGGUCGGUGUCUUCAUGGAGAUUGACCCCUCCGGUGACACGGACCCGUGGCUGGAGUCGGUUAUUGACGGCAUUGACGACGUCACUCCCACUUCCUCCACCAUGAUGAAAUUGACAUCAUACUCGGCCCUUGUGAAGAAGAGUCUGCAGGGCAGUAGUCUCUACAACUACCCUGGAAGCCUCACGACGCCGGGGUGCGACGAGAUUGUCGAUUGGUGGGUCGUGGAGCAGCCAGUCAAGAUUUCAGCGAAGGACCUCACGCGUCUUCGCGAAAACCAGGGAGAAAUCCAAAUGAUGAACCAUGGAGAGAAUGCUCGACCGGUGCAGCCUCUGAACGAUCGCACUGUCACCAGUUUUGAGUAG